AUCAACAAUUUUUUGAAUUUUACAAGGCAGAACAACAAAGUCUUUUUGAUCAUUUUUGAGUCAUCAAGAAUGGCUGCCUCAGUGUCAACCAUUGGAGCUGCCAACAAAGCACCGUUGAGUUUGAACAAUUCAGUUUCUGGAACUUCAGUUCCAAGCACAGCCUUCUUUGGAAAAUCCUUGAAGAAAGUGUAUGGAAAAGGUAUUUCCAGCCCCAAGGUUUCAAACAGGAGCUUGAGGAUUGUAGCUGAAGAAAAAGAAAUAGACGAGAAGAAACAGACCGAUGGGGACAGAUGGAAGGGUCUUGGUACGGAUGUAUCCGAUGACCAACAGGAUAUUGCAAGGGGUAAGGGUAUGGUUGACAGUCUUUUCCAGGCUCCCACGGGUACUGGUACUCACCACGCCAUUAUGAAUUCCUACGAAUACCUCAGCCAAGGUCUUAAGCAGUACAGCAUGGACAACAAGUUGGAUGGAUUCUACAUCGCCCCUGCUUUCAUGGACAAGCUUGUUGUUCACAUCACAAAGAACUUCUUGCAAUUACCCAACAUCAAGAUUCCACUCAUUUUGGGUGUCUGGGGAGGCAAAGGUCAAGGUAAAUCUUUCCAAUGUGAACUUGUCUUCAGAAAGAUGGGAAUUAACCCCAUUAUGAUGAGUGCUGGAGAAUUGGAAAGUGGAAAUGCAGGAGAGCCCGCAAAAUUGAUUAGGCAAAGGUACAGAGAGGCAGCUGAAAUCAUCAGGAAAGGAACCAUGUGUUGCCUCUUCAUCAACGAUCUCGAUGCAGGAGCUGGUAGAAUGGGUGGAACUACCCAAUACACUGUCAACAACCAGAUGGUUAAUGCCACCCUCAUGAACAUUGCUGACAACCCAACAAAUGUCCAGCUCCCCGGUAUGUACAACAAGCAAGAGAACUGCAGGGUGCCCAUUAUUGUCACUGGUAACGAUUUCUCCACAUUGUAUGCUCCUCUUAUCCGUGAUGGUCGUAUGGAGAAGUUCUACUGGGCACCAACUAGGGAGGAUAGAAUUGGUGUUUGCAAGGGUAUUUUCAGAACUGACAAUGUGCCUGAUGAAGCUGUUGUUAAGAUUGUCGAUAGCUUCCCUGGACAAUCUAUUGAUUUCUUCGGUGCUCUGAGGGCACGAGUAUAUGAUGAUGAAGUGAGGAAAUGGGUUUCAGGAACUGGAAUUGAAGCCGUUGGGGAAAAACUUUUGAACUCUAGAGAUGGUCCCCCAACUUUUGAGCAACCAAAAAUGACCCUUGAGAAGCUCCUUGAGUAUGGUAACAUGCUUGUUAAAGAGCAAGAGAAUGUCAAGAGAGUUCAGUUGGCUGAAACCUACCUUAAAGAGGCAGCACUCGGAGAUGCUAACGCCGAUGCCAUCAACACUGGAGCUUUCUAAGAAUCUUCAUCUAUCCCAAAGUCUAAACAAGAGGGGAAAAAAGCGCGACAUAUUAAUCAUCCUGUUGCUGAAGUCUUCAAUGAUUCAACUUCCCGGAGUGGUAAUGUAUUUUAUUUCAACUUUUUUGAGGCACUUUGUGAGGGUAGCUAUAGAAUGUGACUGAACUGUUGAAUAUUAUGUUAAUCAGUUGUAUUCCAGUGUUAAGGGAAUACAAACUACAAAUAAUCUUUUGUUUUCAGUUUUUGGUCAUUCUUAUGUAAUCAAGUUCUUGAUUUGGGAUUUCAAUAUUUGCUUUGUAAAUGACUCCUCCUCUGUAC